UAAUAUUUUUAUAGUUGCAAGUCAAAAAUCAAAAUAUUUUUCUAGUAUUUUAUUUCAACAUAGUCUCUCCGAAUGUAAUCUGACAAAUUAAUCAGCAUUCAGUAAUUAUUGAUCAUGGCAGUUUCUCUUUACGAAAAACUUAUGAAAAACACUCAUGUGUCACGCUGGCGAAAAAUCGUCGCUGAAAAUUUAGAUUUGGAUUAUUGCCAGAGAUUUCUGACAGCGGCCGAGAGUGCUGCUCUACUGAAUUACAUGGAACACAAUGUGAGUUAUUUCGACGGUCGUCUGUCACAAGUGAAAGUAUUUGGACAGUAUUAUCCCAUACCCAGACAGCAGGUUGCAUUUGGCGACACGGGCAUAUCUUAUAAAUUUUCUGGUACUGUUGUACCAGCACAACCAUGGCCACAACCGUUAUACGAUCUUAAGAAAAAAAUAUUCACUGCCCGUGGAGUUGAUUACAAUUUUGUUCUAGUCAACAGAUAUAAAAAUGGAGAGGAUCAUAUGGGUGAACACAGAGAUGAUGAAGUAGAAUUGGACAAAACAGUACCCAUUGCGUCUAUAUCUUUGGGGCAGACAAGGAAAUUUGUGUUUAAACAUACAGAUGUAAGGAAAAAAAUAAGACAAGUAGAACUUAUAAAAUUAGAUUUACAUAAUGGCAGUCUUUUAAUGAUGAAUCAGCCUACAAAUGAAUAUUGGUAUCACUCGAUUCCUAAAGAAAAAAAAGCAAAAAACAUUAGACUGAAUUUUACAUUCCGUAAAAUCAAAUAGAUAAAUAAAAAACUAAUUUUUUUACUUUAUAGGUACUGUACAAUUUUAA